CCGACCGGGUUGCCUGCUUGCCAUCGAACGUCUAAUCGCCUCACCCACACAGAAAAGGCAAAAGGAAACAAAAACCUCCUAGAACUUCCGGGGAGUUGCCCCAGAGAUUUCCGGCGGAACCUCGCUUCAGGAUGGCACCCACGGCGACGGCGACGGCGGCGGAGCAGAGCCAGCAGCACACCAAGAAGGCGGUCGGUCUGGCGGCGCUCGACGCCUCCGGCCACCUCUCCCCGCUCGCCAUCACCCGAAGGAGCACCGGAGACGACGAUGUCGUGAUAAAGAUUCUGUAUUGCGGGAUCUGCCACUCUGACCUGCACAGCAUCAAGAACGACUGGAAGAACGCCAAGUACCCCAUGAUCCCUGGGCACGAGAUCGCCGGCGAGGUCACCGAGGCCGGCAAGAAUGUGACCAAGUUCAAGGCCGGCGACCGCGUCGGCGUCGGGUGCAUGGUGAACUCAUGCCAGUCCUGCGAGAGCUGCGACAAGGGCUUCGAGAACCACUGCCCGGGCAUGAUCUUCACCUACAACUCGGUCGACCGUGACGGCACCCUCACCUACGGCGGCUACUCCAGUAUGGUGGUGGUGCACGAGCGCUUCGUGGUCCGGUUCCCUGACGCCAUGCCGCUGGACAAGGGCGCGCCCCUGCUGUGCGCCGGCAUCACCGUGUACAGCCCCAUGAAGUAUCACGGGCUGAACGUUCCCGGGAUGCACCUCGGGGUGCUGGGACUGGGCGGGCUGGGCCACGUCGCCGUCAAGUUCGGCAAGGCCUUCGGGAUGAAGGUGACGGUGAUCAGCUCGUCGCCGGGGAAGAAGCAGGAGGCCCUCGAAAGGCUAGGCGCUGACGCGUUUGUUGUCAGCAAGGACGCCGACGAGAUGAAGGCUGCGAUGAGCACCAUGGAUGGCAUCAUAAACACGGUGUCUGCAAACAUCCCGAUGGCCCCUCUCUUCGGCCUACUGAAGCCCAACGGCAAGAUGAUCAUGGUCGGCCUCCCAGAGAAGCCUAUCGAGGUCCCUCCAUUUGCUCUGGUUGCCAGGAACAAGACCCUGGCCGGGAGCUGCAUCGGCGGCAUGAGGGACACCCAGGAGAUGCUAGACCUCGCGGCCAAGCACGGCGUGACGGCAGACAUCGAGGUGAUCGGCGCGGAGUACGUGAACACGGCCAUGGAGCGCCUUGCCAAGGCCGACGUCAGGUAUCGAUUCGUCAUCGACAUCGCCAACACCCUCGACAAGGCGGCCGCCGCCCCCGCUACAACCGAGUGACCGCCGACGUUACUCUCAGCACUGCUCACGGUCUACGUUGGUCUCUGGUUCUCUGCGAUUAUCACAUACUUUAUCUGUAGUAGUAACAAUGAACAGUCUAAAAUUAUUGUAAGUGAUGUAUGCAUGCAUGGUGCUAUGUUGUUCGUGAGAAAACUGAGUUGGGUGAUGGAUGACAAGGUUGGCUUCUUGCCGUGAUAA